GUACAGUACAUACAGUCUGACAAACCCUAACCCCUCGGGCCGAAAUCCCCUGGCCCUGGCUCAAGGAGAGCAAUGGCGUGGAGCAGGACAGCACACCGGCGCAGCGCCGUCAUGCCACUCUUACGCGCCGCGCUGCGCCGCUUCCUCUCCACGGAGUCUUCGGGGUUCCCGAAGCUACGGAACCUUCCGUACCGACUCCGCCGCGCCGCCGUCCCCGCUGCGCGCACCGCCGUCUCCGACUACCUCAUCUCAACGCGCUGCCUCCCCUCCUCCCACGCCGACUCAAUCACUGCGCUUGCGCCGUGCUCCCUCCACACCUUCCUCGCCGGCAUCCCAGCCGUGCCCAGUACGCUCCCCUCCUCCGACCUCCCCUCCCUCCUCCGCCGCCACCUCUCCUACCAUCCGCUCAACGAGCUUCCCUUCUUCCUCGAGUCCAUCGGCUUGCCCCCUUCCACCGAUUCCGAUCUCAUGUUCCUCACCGACCAUCCGUCCCUCCUCCCCACCGUUGCCGCGCUCGCGCAUUUCGGCUUCCCGUGGUCCCGUCUUGGCCUGCUAUUCCCCAAUGUCCUCCUCCAAGUCCCUCCCGACCUCAUCUCCGCCCGCCUUGUCGCCCUCGAGGAAAGCCUCCGUCCGCUGCCGCGUGCUGCGAUUAUCGCUGCCUGCCUCUCUUUCCCCUUGCUUAUUGAGAACGAUCUCUCCAGCAGUGCCCCCCUUGUCGAUGAUCUUAUGAGGGCGUAUGGAGGAUUGGGUCCGGAUUUGGGGGCUAGCAAUGACAUUGAUGUGUUCUUGCGAGUGUGCGGCAGGAUGCAGAUGUUCUACGAUGCUGGGAUGAAGGUUGGGAGCAUCGGGGGGCUUGUUGGGUGCAAUCAGAGGGUUUUUCUUGAGCUUAAGGAGGAGCGGAUUGGUGAGAGGUUGAAAUUCUUCAAGAGGCUGGGGCUGCCAGGGGAGGAGGCAGGGAGCUUCUUACUGAGCAAUCCUGGGGUUUUGGAUCUUGAUUUUGAUGAUGUGGUGAUCUCAGUGCCAGAGUACCUGAGGAGAGUUGGGUUGGCAGAUGACGAGGUUGAUGUGGCGGUGAAGAAGCACCCGUAUGUGGUUGGGAGGAACAGAUUGGAGAACCUCCCUGGUGUGCUGCGUGCAAUGGGACUGAGUCAUCGAUUCCUGGAGAAGAUUUCUGGUGGCGGUGAGAGCUUGCGGUAUUUAUCACCAGAUUUCGUCUUGGAGGAUGCUAGUUAUGAUAUGGAGGUGGAGAGAGCAUUCUCAGACAGAAUGGUUAAGGUGAAGGUGGAGAUGAAUGCACAGCAUGUGGACACCAAGCUUGAGUUCUUGAAGAGCAUUGGGUAUGGUGAGAACAAAAAAACCGCACACAUACUUCCUGUUCUGCACAGCACUCGGGAAAUGCUGAAUGAGCGAUUUGACUACCUCCUGGAAAGAGGGGUGGAGUACAAGAUGCUGUGUCGGAUCGUGAGUGUGUUCCCAAAGGUGCUGAACCAGGGCAAGGAGAUGCUCAAUGAAAAGUUGAACUACAUGACUCUGGAUCUGGGAUACUCUUUGGAGUAUCUUGAUUGCUUCCCAGCAUUACUGUGCUUUGAUUUGGAGAACCGGGUCAAGCCUAGGUAUGCAAUGCUUCGGUGGCUCCAAAGUUAUGGUCUUUUUAAAAGACCAUUAGCGCCUGCAACUGUGCUUGCUAACUCAGAGAAGAGGUUCAUUUCCAACCUCUACAAUAUGCAUCCCGCAGCGCCGAAGCUGUGGCUUGAGUGCUUCUCUUCAAGAAUACACAUGGAAUAUUACCUCAAGAAUAUACAGUCCCAGCAUCCAGAUAAUGAAUAAUUAGCUAUUGAAUUAUAUUGGCAUGAUUAUCAGAGCCGGAGGUACAGAGGAUUGUCAUCUCCAAUUGUGGCAUGCUUUCCCUCAGAAGGUACUUCUGAGUUGUUAUAUCUUCCCGUUGUGCAAAAUUCUUUGCUCAGCGUGUUUUAGCUGUAGACACUGGAUGUAGGAUGAAAUGGAAUAUAUCAAUUCAAUAGCCAACCAUGUAAUUCAAUUUUGCAAAAAUUGUGCUGUACAUUGUAGCUCUGAGACUAGUCACAUUUCCGCCCCGUUUGGCGGAUAUGUAUUUCAAGGAAAGAUAUUCUGUAUUGAUCCGAUGUGAAAGACUAUCACUGAUAAUAAUUAACAUUUUUGUUAUCGAUCGUACCAUCAUCCUCAUAUCAUUGCAUCAUGCUGAACUCAUGUAUAAUUUCCAAGUGGAUGAUAAUUUUCGGGCUAAUCACUCAGCCAUGGUAUCUUCUCUGGUGACGCAAUGGUAAGAACAUGCUAUAUUAAACAUAGAUUGCUCCCUUCUGACAGGAAAAAACCUUGAUUUAUUUGUAUCUCUCUUCUUAAUAGGUGGUGAAUAAAGGGGCUUCUCAGGGCCAUUGCAUUUGUGGCCGUUAGAUCUGGAUUAUGGCCAAUCGUUAUCUAUCUAUGAUACAAGAUAGAGUCAAAAGGGAAAACAUGGUAUUCUCUGAUACAAGUUCAUGGCACCUUGGAUUGGAUCCAUAUGGUGCAUACCAGGAACAAAAACUUCUUAUGGUCCAAAGAUUCGAGUGGAGGUAUAAAUAGGUAUUUAUCUGCAGAGGUGUGUUUACGUAAUUAGUUCGGUAUGUACCUUUCUAUUUCAUAUCCCACACAUCUGUUAACACCUUAUAUGGUUCCAUUCUGUAGGUUGCACUAUCCACUCUUUGAGUGAUUGCAGGUAAUCUACAAUAUUCAUAAAGCUUAAUCGGAAACCAUAGGUGUGAGGGUUACCUUUCAAAUACAUAUUGUGAUCGUUGAAAACUUUCCGUGUAGACUUGGUACUGUUCGCUCUGGUGUUCCAUGGCAGUGUGCAACAUCUAUUGGAUGAUACAAAUGUGUGUUCCCUGCUCUCUUUUUUUGGCAGAAUGUUCUGUUAAGUUUUGAAUAAUAAUAUCCUAAAUAAUUUGGAUAAAAGAUAGCUUGAUGCGUGCAUGUGUAAUAAAUCCAUAUAUUGUUUUGAGAAAUGUUUAAAUCAAUUUAUGCUGCAUUGUUGCCAUCUAAUUUUUAAAUCCUUGGUUUUUUAGCCAGAAGGGGGGCAUGGGCGCAGCGGUAAAGCUGUUGCCUCUUGCAGGUUCGAGUCCUGGAAACAGCCUCUUGCAUAAAUGUAGGGAAAGGCUGUGUAAAAAAGACCCAAAGUGGCCAGACCCUGCGCAAGCGGGAGCUACUCAGCUAAGUGCUCCGGGCUGCCCCGUUUUUUUAGUUUUUAGCCAAAACUGUAGAAAUUUCUCUUGCUAUAUUUUCAUUGUGUUGUUUCUAUUACUUAUGUUUAUAUUCUCUUGCUAUCCUGCAUUUCUAAUAUCCAGAUUGACAAUCACUAAAAUUUGUACAGAGAGUAAAAGUAGCUAUACACACUUAGGUCUUACUCUGCAAGUAACCGAACAAAUGAGCAGUUGAUUUCUUAACUGAAGAAAUCACUAUUACCAUUUUAAAUGCUUUCCGUUUUCUUCCCUUGGUGGUGCUUACGAAACGGUAACAGCAAAAACCAAGUGACAUGAGGCAGAAAGAAGAAGACAUUCCUGCAUCAGGUUGAGCAUUACAAAUCCCUGCUAUCUGAAUGUGAAGUCAAGACAAAGUCCAAGGUGGAGGAGCUGCAAAAAAAUAACAUCCUGCAGGUGACAAAAAAAGGCGAUAUUUCCUUGCAAUUCCUCCUUUCAAGCUAAAGAGUGCACUUUCUUAGGCUGUCAUUAGUUUUCACCGGGUCAUACUUACUCCAUGACACCAGGUACGAUGAUUAGUUUCUAUGUACUCCAUCUGCUACAGUCACAGUUAACUGUUGCAUGACCAGGAUUUAGAGGAUCCUUUUCCAUUAUUCAGAGUUAGAGGAUCCUUUUCUAACUGCACCAGAAAAUUAGGAAGCUAUGAAGAAAAGGAGCUCAUUUGUUUUUAGAUUAAAACUGCAAUAUUGCAAUAAAAAAACAGUUGUAUUUAUAUAAAUUACUAACAUUGAUAAGUGACACUGCAUUGAUGCCUCUCUUUGCUUUUCUAGAAUCUUUCUUUUACUCUAAAUUUGGAAGAUCUUAGGACAAUUUGUCUUUGAUGGAUUUUCCUUAUGAAUAAUGCUCUUCUAUUUAUGUUUCAGGCCAUGGUCUUAUCAAAAUGAGGAGUGUGAAAGAAUUCUUAGGCCAGAGUUGUUGUAAGAGAUCAGUGUUCACGUCCCCGCUUCGACCUUUAGGACUGGUAAUUUGGCAAGAUCUAGAAUCGGGGUUUACUACUUGAAAGUCCAUGGAUUUCGACCACAAUGCCGCCGCCGCCGCCGCCGACGGGCUUCCGUUCUCCAGCAAGAACACCUACCAUCUCCUCAUCGGACAGCCCAACCACGACAUUAGCACCCAUCUCAUUUUGGCAACCCGUGUCCCCAUCAAGGUGCAGGUCUUCGCCUGGCUACUCUUCAAGGACCACCUCAACUCCAAGGUGACCUCUUCCACAAGACCAUCGCCCCUGACACCAUUUGCACCGGGUGUGGUGUAUGGUUGUGUCGUUUUCCAUGAGAUGGAAUCCUUGUGUUGGCUGAGCUUAACUUCCUGAAGGGCGAUCCAUAGAUGGUGGAUUUGCAGCUGAGUUGCAAGGUGACCCUGUGCAUAACUUGCAUCAAUGCUCCGUUCAGGUGCCCUCUGAAACCAGCAACGUCUUCCCGCGACUCAGCUUUAAAAAAAAAUGAAGGCACAAUCUCCAUUGGGGCUUUGCCAUGCAGCCAUCUAGAGAUCUAGAAGCUCGUCUUCUUUUCAUUCCGAGAUGUAUGUUUGGUGCAAGCAUCAAAGAGACAUUGAUCUGUGAUGUCGCCAGGGAUAGCAGCGUCAUGCCAUGGCUUGGCUUGGAAUGAUCUGUCCAACUGAACAAGUGCCAACGCAGUGGCAAAGCCUUGCUAAAUUUGUGGAGAUCCAGAACACCUAGCGCUGAAGCUUGACCUACUACUUGUAUGAUGAUGCGGGGUGCAUAUAUUUUAGUUGGGCGACAUGGAGGAGUUUGAUUAUACAUUGCCUAUUUGACUGGUGGUACUAGUGCAUUGAAGAAUUAGUUCACACACUAUUGUUCUACAAUCAAGUAAAUCAAAAGUAUGCAGUAUUGUAUUUC